AUGACAAGCAACGAAGUUGACAAUAUAAACGGAUCUGCUGCAAAUAAUACAGCAGAUAAACCAUUAAGUUCAAUCGUUGAAACGCCAUUGACUGAUUCACUUGUCAAUGAAAUAUUUCAUCAACAAAAUAAUGAUGGUUCAUAUCCAACAACAGAUGAAUUUGGUAAAUUAUUCAAUGUUGAUUUUGAACAAGUUAAAAAUCAAUUAAAAGAAAAAGGUUUAGAUUCAUCAAUUUCAGAUGAAAUUCAUCGGCUUAUAUCAACAGCUUCCAUACUCUUUUAUUUCUUAUAUCAUAGUCAAAAAACACAAUUUCCUGUUGAUAUUGAUGCUAUUAAACAAUUUGUAUCAAAAGCACGAACAGAAUUAGAAGGUUUCUCAAUGAAAGCUGAUCCAAUUAUGCAAACAUAUAUCGAUAAAGGUGAAUUAGCUGUGAAAUAUGUUAUUGAUACACGUGAAAAAUAUGCUAAUAUUUGUAAUGAUUUAAAAUUAUCUCAUCCAACUUGGGAAUCAUACAUACAACAUUUAAUGAAUUUAGACAAACAAGAAUAG